CAGUGGUUGUGAUAAGACGUAAAAAUAUCAUAUAAAGCAAAAUAUUUAAAGAUUAAAACUUUACGAUUCAUCUUCAAAAUGUUUAAAUUAUUUAUAAAAACACAUUAAAUCAACAAACAUACUAAAAUGGAAAAAACUAAAUUUCUGCACAAAUUAAGUUGAUCAUCAGUUAAAUUGAUCUGAAAAUUAUAAAAAUUAAUACAGUCGUUUUUUGUACUUUGAAGCAAAUAAACGUGUUCAUUUUUAAUUUUGUGAUAAAAUUUAGCAUUUUACAGCUUUUAUUUAAAAAAGAAAAAAUAAAAUGAUAUUGAGAGUUGUGUUGAGUUUAUUUUUCUUUUGGACGAUUAUCCAUGGUGCAACUAUUAAAUAUAAAUCACCCAAUGCUGAUAAUGCUCAGUAUUGGAACUCAUAUAAUGAGGCGCGUCUCAAAAAAUUACUUAGUCAAACCAACCCUGAUGGAACGGUUGCUAGAAAUGUGAUAAUAUUUGUCGGUGAUGGCAUGGGUAUUCAAACUAUCACUGCUGGAAGAAUUUUCAAGGGACAACGUGAAAAGCACGUUUCUGGAGAAGAAAGUGAGUUGGUUUGGGAUUCCUUUCCACACACCGGAUUUUCAAAAACAUAUAACACCGAUAAACAAGUACCUGACUCGGCUGGAACUGCUACAGCAUUAUUUUGUGGGGUAAAAACAAAGUAUAAAGUUUUAGGAUUAGAUUCAACGGCAAAAGGGGAUAGCAUGACUCAAGGACAAGUCUAUUCCAUCAUGAAAUGGGGUCAAGAUGCUGGUAAAAGGACCGGUGUAGUUACAACAACUAGAAUAACACACGCAACACCUGCAGCAUUGUAUUCUCACUCACCAAAUAGAGACUAUGAAAGUGAUAGUCCGAUUCCAAAUGAGUAUAAGAAUAGCUUAAAGGACAUUGCAAGACAAUUGGUUGAAGAUGAACCGGGAAACAAAUUUAAUGUGAUAUUAGGUGGUGGACGUGACGCAAUGGGAGCAACAAUAAAAGAUCAGCCUGUUCCACCAUAUAAUUUUACUGGAGGGAUGGAAAAGACUUUUCCACGAUCGGAUGGAUUAAAUUUACCAUAUUUAUGGUUAAAAAAUAAAUCUGAUCCAACAAAACAUGCGUACUACGUUACAAAAGCUACAGAGCUCAAUAAAAUUGACACAAGUAAUACAGAAUAUCUUCUAGGCCUUUUUGCUAAUAGUCACAUGACUUAUGAGGCGUUAAGAAAUUAUACCGAUGAGCCGUCUCUUGCUGAAAUGACUGUUAAAGCUAUCGAAAUCUUGGAUCGCAAAAACAGUUCCGGUUAUAUCUUGAUGGUUGAAGGUGGUAAAAUCGAUCAUGCUCACCAUCAAAAUUUUGCUGGUUUGGCUUUGCAUGAGGUUCUUGGGCUAGAUAGAGCUGUAGAAGCUGCAUUAAAUAAAGUAGGAGACGAUACAUUAAUCUUAGUGACAGCAGACCAUUCACAUUCUGUAACUUUCAAUGGAUAUCCAGAACGAGGAAAUGAUAUAUUAGGUUUUGGACAUAAGGAAGGAGUUGAACCAUAUGAAACAAUCUCGUAUGCUAAUGGACCCGGAUUUAAAGAGCAUCGCGCAUCAGUUAAUUAUACAAAUCCACGAUUCGAUACUUGGGUUAGAGUGGAAGAUAUUGACCGUACUUCGCCUGUUUAUAGACAUCUUGCCGCAUUUCCUCUAGGAGAUGAAACUCACGGAGGUGAAGACGUUCCUGUUUAUGCUAUAGGUCCAAAUGCUAAAUUAGUGCAAGGUGCUAUGGAGCAAAAUUUUAUCGCCUACAUUAUGAGUUAUUCUAGUUGUAUUGGCCCAGCAGCUAAAUUUAAUGAUGCAUGCAAAUAUCAAACAAGUUCUGCAACUUCAGUCAUGCAGCCAAAGUUUUUCAGGAAAAACAGAUUAUUUCAAUUUCUUCUAUCUGUAUUAUUCGCAAUUUUCGCAAAACUAAUGUAAAAAAAAAGUGAACAUUAUUUUUACUAUUUGUUUGUAAAUAUGUAUUAAAUAAAUGUAAAGAUGAAAAAAACAAUGAAUUUUAUAUGGGAGUUGUAAGAGAAUUUUAGUAUCUAUGCUCUUAUUUAAUAUUACGUAUUUGCC